AUGAGUGUUGCCGAUCUAGUUGGGUUCGAGGAAUGUUUACUGAAUGCAGCAUUCGCGUAUACAAGGCCGCGAAGGGAGUAUGCAAAUGGACUUGGAGAGGAGCAAACUUUGAUAGAACGCAUCUUUGGAAUUUACGCAACGUUUAUACUCUACUAUGCCCAACCGAUUGACUACGUGUCGAAGAUCCAUGUCACGCCGGAGGAUUGUGACAGCCUCAUGCAGCUCUCAGAGAAUACUCUUAUCCCUGCCGGUCAUGUGGACGCUUACGCAUGUCUACAAAGACUAAUUGUGGACGACGCGUUCAGAAUUGUUAUGUCUUCCAAGAAUCAUGAUCUCUCCAACCAUCGUCGCUAUGAGAGACCGAACCCAGUCGAGAUGUUAUUGGACGAGCAAGAACGCCACGUUCCACUGGAAUCUGCUUCGGGUAUCAUGAAGCACCCUGUUUUGAAAGCCAUGAAGUACGUCGAGCAAAAAAUGGAACAGAAAGAGAGGUCGUUGUUUAAUCGUCGAAUGCCCAACAACGACACUUCAAGUUUUUUGGAUAAACUGCAAAAUAUCUACUCCGCACACUCAGUUCACGAACUAUACAAGGUCGAAAGCGGCACCGAAGAGGACGCUGUUGACAGGUGGAAAGAUUCCAGUUCAACAUCAUUCUGCAAAAAACCAGAAUCUUCAACAGCUAAAGCCAUACAAAACCGCAAGGUAAGACAAACCGAAAUCUGUUCGUUGGAAGACAAAGGGCUGGUGAAUAGUGCACUAGAAAGUUGGGAUGAAGAACGUCGAAUAUAA